CUUAUCUCUCCAUCUCUGUGGAGAGAGAGAGAGAGAGACAAAACUUCACAAAAGAAAAGAACAUUCUUUGGAAAUCUUUACUUAUCAAUCUUCUCGCACAAUGCUAUAUCAUUAAGCCGAUGAUAAAAAAGAUUCAAUCUUUUCUUUAAUUCACUUUGAUUCAUACGCGUUUUUAGUAAUGCCGUCGAGUUUUUCUUUGACGGUGUUGUGUUUGAUUGUUCUGUUACCUUUUGCCGUUGGAAUACGGUUGAUUCCGGCGAGGAUCACGACUGUCGGUGGCAGCGGAGGAGGAGGUAGUAAUGGGUUUAAUAAGCUUGGUCCGUUCAUGGAAGCUCCCGAGUACAGAAACGGCAAGGAGUGUGCUUCGUCAUCUGUGAACAGAGAGAACUUCGUGUCGUCUUCUAAUGAUCCUUCGCUUGUUCACGUAGCUAUGACUUUGGAUUCUGAGUAUCUCCGUGGAUCGAUCGCAGCUGUUCAUUCCGUUCUCCGCCACGCGUCUUGUCCUGAGAACGUUUUCUUCCAUUUCAUCGCGGCUGAGUUUGAUUCGGCGAGUCCUCGUGUCUUGAGUCAACUCGUGAGGUCCACGUUCCCGUCGCUGAACUUCAAAGUCUACAUUUUUAGGGAAGAUACGGUGAUCAAUCUCAUAUCGUCGUCGAUUAGACAAGCUUUGGAGAAUCCGUUGAACUAUGCUCGGAACUAUCUCGGAGAUAUUCUUGAUCGGAGCGUGGAGCGAGUCAUUUAUCUUGACUCGGAUGUUAUAACUGUUGAUGAUAUCACGAAGCUUUGGAACACGGUUUUGACCGGGUCACGGGUCAUCGGAGCCCCGGAGUAUUGUCACGCCAACUUCACUCAGUACUUCACUUCCGGGUUCUGGUCAGACCCGGAGUUACCGGGUCGAAUCUCGGGUCAAAAGCCUUGCUAUUUCAACACUGGAGUGAUGGUGAUGGAUCUUGUUAGAUGGAGAGAAGGGAAUUACAGGGAGAAGCUAGAGCAAUGGAUGCAACUGCAGAAGAAAAAGAGAAUCUAUGAUCUUGGAUCUUUACCACCGUUUCUUUUGGUGUUUGCGGGAAAUGUGGAAGCCAUUGAUCAUAGGUGGAACCAGCAUGGUUUAGGAGGGGACAACAUACGAGGAAGCUGCCGGUCUCUGCAUCCUGGUCCUGUGAGCUUGUUGCAUUGGAGUGGUAAAGGGAAGCCAUGGGUGAGACUUGAUGAGAAGAGGGCUUGUCCGUUGGAUCAUCUUUGGGAGCCAUAUGAUUUGUUUAAGCAUAAGAUUGAGAGAGCUAAGGAUCAGUCUCUUCUGCUUGGGUUUGCUUCUUUGUCAGAUCUGACUGAUGAUUCUAGCUUCUUGUGAGGGUUACAUUCUUUGUCAUAUCUUCUGUUGUAUUACAGGUUUUACAAAAAAAAAAUACCAUUGUUCAGGUGAGUGAUUCUUUGAUUUUGUGGUGUACAAAUCGAGUAGUGAGGGGGGAAAGAUAUAGAGGCUGUGGAAUAAGCCAUUGAUGACCCUAUUUUGUUGAGAAUUCUUUUGUCAGUUUGGUGCUCUUGUUUUCAAAUCGUUUCUUCUUAAUAAAACCUCAUCUUGAAGUGCA